AUGCGCCCCUCCAUAUGUACAAGAGUUAUCCUUCUAGGAAUGAAGAACAGUAAUGAGCCGGGUCACAAUGAUGAGGGAUCAAAGAAAGGGGCCGACGUAUUACCUGGUGAUGAUCAUGUGAAGGAUCAAGAAGCUCCACAGCAUAAUAAUACACCCGCAAUGACACUGCUGCACACGGGAUCAGGGCCAUAUUGUGCAUACCCACUGAUCAAAUCAGUACCUUCAGACCUAGAAUACACUUGUUUUACUGCCUAUGACAAAAAUAUAUACCUGGGGACUCGUACUGGUGAGUUAUUGCAUUACUUUGAGCUGGAACCGCUCAACUAUAUGCUGAUAUCCCAGACUACCUUUGAUCCAGGAUCGAAUGCCCCCAUUGAGAAGAUGAAAGUACUGCCAGGCAUAGAAAGGGCCCUAAUACUUUCGCAAAACCAGCUGAAGCUGUACUUGCUGCCAGAAUUUGCACCUGUACCAUAUACACAGCCAAUGGAUGGCGUGACCGAUUUUGCGGUGGCUUCAAAUUUAAGCACCCCAAAACGGUAUCCCAUCUAUGUGAGCUCUGAUGACCGAAUAUAUCUGGUUCAAGUAACCAGUCAAAUGAUGACGAAGGCUAUGAUGCUGGAUUUCCAGUCGGUGAAGAGGUUAUUCACCAGAGGCAACUCGUUGGUAGUUGCCACCAAUAAGGAAUAUCAACUGUUCAACUUAAAAACCAGUGUUACAACGCCUCUUUUUUACGUCAAUGAGAGCGAUAGCCCAGUUGAACCGAUUAUACGGCCCUUUACAAAUACGGAAUUUCUGAUGAGUUGCUCUUCAAGGGAAGCUGAUGCUGCAAUGGCAUUAAUAGUGAACGAAAAAGGUGACCUAACAAGGGGCACGAUAGCCUUUGAAAGGUAUCCGCAUGAUUUACAAGUUAACUUCCCAUUUGUAUUCACCAAUAUGGGGGAUAGAGGAAUUUACGUUUAUAAGGUAGAGGCUGAUUCUCAUGUUCCUAUCGUCCAAAAGAUAAAACAUGGUAGUUCAGAACUCCGUUUGGAUAUAUCCCCAACACCUUAUGAGAUUGUUAAGUCAGAUCAGCGAGAAUUGGUUAUAGAAAAGUUGCGGCUGAUGCCGUUGUAUGCGGCUAAGCCAGCUUUUCGCAUUGAGCAUGAGAGAAUGUUUGUGGAACGGCAGUUCAAGGAAAGCUCGGAUAUUGUAUUGUUCUACUCCGGUGGUCUAUACCUGCUACAAGAAAAACUGGAGUUUCUAGAUCUAGAUAACUACGACGAGAAUACGAUUCCUAUCAUUGAGCGUCUUUUAGAUAAUACUAAGGACGCCACUCCCUUCGAUGCAUUACAAAGGGCAUAUCUACAAACAAUGUUGCUGCUAUUAAGAUUACUUCACUGUGAUAUUUUUGAACAACAAAUGGCAGCGCAGUGGUGCGAUCAUCUUGACCAGGUAGACAUUCGUUUACUUUUAUAUGCCUGUGGUUACAAUAUUUAUGGCGAUCUCUGGAUAUAUAAUGGCCUUCUGAAAUUGAUCAGCGAAAUGCGGAAAAUAAAACUCACGCAUAAGUUUACCGAUUCUAAUGAAAUCAUACGCACUAUCUCUCAAGAUCUAAAGCAUAAGCACCAUAGCAAGCUAAACGAUUCAGAAAAUGUCUACCUAUCAUUUGACAUGAUUCUCUUGAAUAGGGCGUUGGAAAAUGAAGAGGAAGUAUCCAUAAGUGAUUAUAAUUUCGGUAGUCUGCUGACUAUUGCAGCCAAAUUGGAAGAGGAUAGAGAUAAACACUGGCGCGUACUGCUGCAUAUCUAUGAAAAGCUUUCAGAUUUACCCAAACGCCUAGCUUUGAAUAAAGAUUACCGAAGUUCCCACGAAUUUUCCAAAUAUCUGCUCGAACAUGCUAAUGAGCUUGUUCUAGACAAAGAGUACAAGGAAACUGGGUUACUUGCAGAUAUUAUAAUGAUUCUGAAUUCACCGGUAGACGGAAAAGUCCAAGGUUCCAUAGUAUCCAAUAUUUUGGGGUUAUUGGAAAUAGCGCAUAUCGAUAGUAAAACUCUAAUCUCCAGCGUAAAUAACAGUGCGUCCAAAGUUGUCAUCUUGGAGAAAUUGGGUAUCAGAGAUAAUAAUGAGGCGAAUUUUUUAUUCUCGUUUUACAUGGAACAGUUAGAGGCAGAAAUAUCUAGCAAAGAACUUUGGAAUGAUCUCGCGAUAUUGACAACAACAUAUUCACAGGAAUUGCUUUAUACUAAGCCGCCGCUUUCUAAAUAUUUAGAGACUAAGUUGAGCUCUAAUACCAAAUUUGAGGAAUUUAUGGGAUUGAGAGAGAAGAUAAUCAGCCUUCCAUAUGAUAGACUACUUGCAUACCAGAGUAUAUCUAAAAUUGACAUUGGCGAUGUUUUAAUUUUAUUGUUUUUUAAGUUUGAGGAGCUGAUACAGUGUACCACCGAGGGAAAAUUGCUAGAAAUAUUUACAGCUGUCAAUGACUUCAUGUCAAUAGAAAAAUUGGUUUCUGAGGCUACGUUUCUGCAGGUGCUUGAGUUUUACAUGAAUGUUAUGUCCGACAACGCGUUGCUCUCCUACUUCUUACGCCGAAAUUUCCACCGUCUCACACAUACCGAUAUAAUUAUUCAGGUGCUUUCUGUGGUCCCCGAUGAUUGUGAAUUCACAACACUUUCUGAUAAAAUGAUCUCAGUUUUCCGGAAUUAUUAUUGUCAAAAGCAUCAACAGGACAUUUUAAAGGCCCUAUUAAAACACGAACUAAAUAGCAUUUCGACUCUCAUAAAGACAAUAGAUCCAAGUUCGGACAACUAG